AUGUUCAAGGUGGCCUGCAUCGGAGAUUUCAUGGGCCAACUGGUGAAAUACGACAUGAAAACCGAGAGCUGUUCGAGGGACGGGCCCGUGAAACCCAAGCCCGUGAAACCCAAGCCCGUGGCACCCAAGCCUAAGCAGAGGCCGCAGCCAAAGAAUAGGGACAAGACUCGCUACCUGGUUUAG